AUGGAUCGCGAGAAGAUUGACACGAUUAAUCUUAUCAAAGCAAAUGCCCGUCUGCUCUAUGGUCGUGACAGCACCUACGAAGUGGUCACUUACCAAGCUGCGGAUUAUCAUAAAGAUCCGAAGGAUAAAUCAGGCGAAGCAGACCAGGUCGGGGCUACAACAGCAUUACUUGUCGCCUAUGAUCUGCCCGCAGAGAGAGACGGCUUCGUACUCAUGACGCACACCGUAGGCCAGAAGGACACUCCCAUCACCGUUCCUAAGGCCGUCAAUGCGUUGGCAAAAGAGCUGAGGCACGAAGUUGCGCGCUACGAUCAACGUCUGAAGAAGGGAGUGACAUUCACUGGGAUGAUAAUAAAGCCUCCCAGCUAG